AUGGCCACGACAGAUGUUACUGCUUUGUGCGCAAGCCUCACUCUCGCCGAUGUUGAUGAUGAUGAAGUGACGAUACAGUUACCUCUAUCGCCGACCAGCCAUGACGCGGAGGAGGAGGUUUAUUAUGCAGUAGGCAGAUUGGUUACGGAUAAGCCUAUUCGGCUAGCUUUCUUUCACGAUACAAUGGCUGCCGUAUGGAGGCCGGUAAUGAGGGUUAAUGUCAAGGAGCUUAGUCUUCGGAAAUGUUUGUUUCGGUUCUACGAUGACAGAUAUAUUAGCCGGAUCAUUGCUGAAGGCCCCUAUUCAUAUGAACAGAGCUUGCUGAUACUGAGAAGGGUUCCUCCGGGAAGUGAUCCGGAGUCGAUUCCGCUUACACACACGGAGUUCUGGGUUCAAGUUCAUUUGUUGCCGAGAGGUUUUCAGUCGGAGGCAGUGGUCUCGGCCAUUGCUUCGUCCUUGGGGACCUUCAUCAAGACCGAUGAGCGUAAUUUUGAUGGCUCAAUGAGAACUUUCUAUCGUGUCCGGGUUGCAUUGGAUGUGGCGAAAGCCCUCAAGAAGCAGAUGAAACUGAAGAAGGAUAAUUGUGGAUGGGCAGUCAUUGAUUUUAAGUACAAGAGGAUGCCGACUUUCUGCUUUUUUUGUGGCGUCCUGGGGCAUGGUGACAGGUUAUGUCACAAGUAUUCUAUAGUAUGA